AUGAAAUAUGCAAGAAUUAAUAAAGAUCAUCACAUUCUAGAGAUUGGAUUUGGAUGGGGAAAUUUAGCCCUCGAAGAUCAAGUCGAACUUCUUCUUUGUGACUACCGCCAAUUGCCUAACAACCAUAGAUAUGACAGGAUAAUAUCAUGUGAGGUGUUAGAACAUGUGGGGCAUGAAUAUAUGGAAGAAUAUUUUAAAUGCUGUGAAUCCUCAUUAGCCACCAACGGUAUUCUUGUUCUUCAGUUCAUAGCAAUAGCUGAUGAGAAAUAUGAAGAGAAGAGGCGCAGCAAUGACUUCAUCAAGGAAUUCAUAUUCCAUGGUGGAUGUCUGCCUUCACUUAACCGCGUCAUAUCUGCAAUGGCUGCAUCAUCCAGACUUAGUCGAAUUCGGGCUCUUGGAUUUGAUGAGAAGCUCAUACGGACAUGGGAAUACUAUUUUGACUACUCUGCUGCUGGAUUCAAAUAUUGUAAUGUUGGAGAUUAUCAGGCUUUUUAG